AUGUCAGUAAACCCGACAAAGCCACAAAAUGCCGGUUUUCCACAGGCAUACAGCCAGCAACCUUAUCAACCGGUAUCGCAGUUCAAUCAAUAUGCUUCACCACAGCCGCAACCUUCAACAAUAAAUAAUGGGCAUAGUACGUAUACAGCAAAUCCUUUUCCUUUCCCACAACCAAACAAUAAUUUCCCGGUAAAACCUCCAGUGACAGCUUACAACCAAACUAGUACUGCAAAUCAUCAAUUCAACAAUAUGCAAAUUCCGGCGCCUCAAAUUCCGGCGACGAUUCCGCCACCGUCACACCAACCGCCAUCAUUUCCACAAGCUGCACCAGCUCCAAUUGUAAACGGGUACCCUGCUGCUCCAGCACCAUCAGCAUUUCCAAAUGCUCGACCAGCUCCAAUGCCAUCGUCAUUCCCAAAUGCGGCGGCACCACCGCCAUUUCCAACGCCGGCGGCGACUGCACCUGCCCCAUCGAUGCCACAGCCAAACGGAUUGCAAUACCCGGCAGCACCUGCUCCAGCUCCCAGUUUUCAAGCACCUCCAACUCCUGGCGCUCAAUAUCCAAUUCAACCAAAUCCAGUCAAUCAAAUGAAUCAGCAAUUUGGGCAAAUGAAUAUGAAUCCAAUGGCGGCUAAUUCUCAAUAUCGAAGUGAUGUGAUUGAUCUGAUGACGGAACGCAAUAUCCAACAAUACGGAUUUGAUGACAUCGAUGUUCAAUUACCAACACAAGUUGCAAAUCCAGAAGCUCAUGUUGAUCCAAACAUCUUCCGAUCUACGCUCGAAGUUGUUCCAAAUUCUGAAGAAUUGUUGAAAAAGAGUAGGCUGCCGUUAGCAAUUACACUCCAUCCAUUUAGGGAUGUUAAGAAUCUCAACAUAAUUCAAACCACAAAUAUCGUGCGUUGUCGAUACUGUCGGACCUAUAUCAAUCCAUAUGUUUACUUACCGGAUCAUCGCCACUGGAAAUGCAAUUUGUGUAAUCGCAAUAACGAUCUUCCCGAUGAUUUUUGCUGGGAUCCCGUAUCAAAAUCGUUCGGUGAUCCAAGAAAUCGGCCGGAGAUUCAGAACGCGACAGUGGAAUUCAUUGCGCCAUCCGAAUAUAUGCUUCGACCGCCUCAACCCGCCGUUUACGUGUUCGUUCUUGACGUGAGCGCGAACGCGAUUCAAUCCGGCUAUCUGCGGACAUUCUCCGAACAGCUUUUGAUCAAUAUCGAUCAAAUGCCUGGAGAUGAGCGUGCGCAAAUCGCGUUCAUCGCCGUUGAUAGCUGUUUGCACUUUUUCUCGUUCAACUCUCAAAAACGAGGGCCUUGCGAAAUGAUUGUUGAUGAUGUCGAAGAUGCUUUUUUGCCAGCGGUGACCUCUCUUCUUGUUCCAAUCAAAAAAUUUGGGGAUGUCAUUCGAACGUUCAUCAAGAAUCUUCCAACUUUGUAUUCAAUUGGUCCCACUUCUAAUGGGAAUUGCCUUGGUUCGGCCCUUCGGAUAGUACAUCAGUUAAUUUCUGAAAUUGGCGGUCGAAUUUCGAUAUUCCAAGCGACACUCCCAAAUUUGGGUCUUGGAGCAUUGCAAUCGAGAGAUGAUGGAAAGAGCUCGGACGGUGGACAGAAUUUGGGUCCCGCCACGGAUUUCUACAAGGCGCUUUCAUUGGACUGCACCGGAAACCAAGUGUGCCUUGACUUGUUCAUGUUCAACACGCAGUAUGCGGAUUUGGCGACGAUUUCUGAAGUCGCGAAAUUCUCAACUGGAUGCAUUUAUUAUUUCCCGAAUUAUAAUGUGAACCAGAAUGGAAUUCAGGUGAAACGAUUUGAGAAGACUUUUACAAGAUAUUUGACAAGGAAGAUUGGAUUUGAAGCAGUUUUAAGGAUUAGAACCACCAGAGGUCUUGCUCUCACCGGCUUCUAUGGAAACUUCUUCGUUCGGUCACCCGACCUCCUCGCGCUCGCCAAUGUCAAUCCUGAUUCGGCGCUUGCUGUCCAAGUGACGAUUGAAGAGAAAUUGUCGCAAUAUGUCUGCUUCCAAUCAGCACUUUUAUACACUUCAAGUAAAGGUGAUCGACGGAUUCGCGUUCAUACGAUGUGUCUACCAACGACGGGUGAUCUCCUACAGCUUUACAACAAUUUUGACCUGAAAGCGACUGUCUCGUAUUUAUCCAAAAUUGGAAUUGAACGAUCAAUGUGCGGCGCGGCGAUUGCUGAUUCGAGAGAAGCGCUGGUGAACGCUGUCGUUGAUAGCGUCGGAGCUUAUCAGAAGGCGGUCUCGCGAGGCGGCGGAAUGCUUGUACCGAGAACUGGCCAUUUGCGGCUCUUCCCGAGCUAUGUUUUGGCACUCCUAAAGCAUCCAGCGUUCACGUCAGCUCGCGGAAUUCGAUUAGACGAUCGUGUUGCCUCGAUGUUGAUGCUUCGAUUCAGUCCGCUUGAGCAGAUAUUGUCGGAUAUUUAUCCGAAAUUGUAUCGAUUGAAUGAGCUUAUGAAUUCCGCUGAUGAUGACAAAAAGAAUUGGCCGAAACCGCUUCCGUUGUCGUUUGAGCAAGUUCAACGUGAUGGAAUUUAUGCGAUGGAAGCGGGCUCGGCGUUUUAUGUUUAUGUUUCGGCGGCGUCGGACCACACAAUGGUUCAGAGUUUGUUCGAAUGUCCAUAUAAUGAGAUUCAAGAGAACUCAUUAGUUGAGAAGGAAAAUGAGAUAUCGAAGAGGGUCUUCGCGUUCUUCAAGCAUAUUACAUUGUUCCGAUUUUAUUUGGGACCUAUCAUAACGAUUACUGAGCAUUCUCCGCUUCGCGAGCAAUUCGUUCGAAGACUCGUCGAUGAUCGUUCGGAAUCCACACAUUCUUAUAUCGAAUUCCUUCAACAUUUGAAACGAGAAAUCGGCAAUUGA